AGCCUCGUUGAGUGUCAAAGUGCCGAUAUCGUCGUGCAGUCGCUCGCUGGCGAGUCCAGCGUCGGCCGUCCCCCUUACUACAUGAUCGCGUACGAGGUCAACGGCCUCGCGACGGUGAGCCCAGCGGGCUCAGACCCGGCCCGGUUGAGUUGGACGGUGGAUCAUCGCGCAGGCUCCGACGUGAUUUUGAGCCUCGUAGACUCGGCUGGCAACAGCGGAGGAGUCGCGCCCGCUACGUACUCGAUCACCGACGGAUCUUCCUCUUGUCUCCCGUCCGUCCCUGCCGCUUGGCCGUUGAUCAAUGCCAAUACUACAAAGGACCUGGACACUUGCCAGUCCUUGGGGCUCGUCAUGGCAGGUGGCGUCCCUCCGUACACGGUGUCCAUUGUGCAGCUAGGGGGCUCCGUCAGGAACGUUACCCUCGGGUCACAGGACAAUGCGUACACGUGGAUCAAUCAAGCCGCCCCAAAUUCGGACCUGCUGGGU